AAUAUAAAAUGGGAUGAAAUUACAGAACAGUUUAAAUGCGAGUUAGCCAAAUAUUUAGACCUCAAUAUUAAUGUAGAUAAUUUAAGCACCUCCCAGUUAGAUAAAUACAUUACAAAAUUAGUCACAGCAGUACAAAAGGUUAGCGACAAACUCUUUCCGAGAAAAUCGUCUAAAGUAACAAAUCGAGCACCUUGGUGGAACGAUAAAUUAGAAAAUCUCAAGCAAAAAGUUAUAAAAAAUCACCACAAAAUUCAACAAAUGAAACGCAGUAAAAAACCGUUAACCGAAUUGUUGCUAGAAAAAGAAAACUUAAGAAAUGAAUAUGCUCAAGCAAUUAGAAUUGCUUCAACUGAGCAUUUCAGGGAGUUCUGCAAUAAGCAGGGAAAGGAGGAUGUAUGGAGUAUAACCAAUCGGUUACUUAAGACCACACCUUUGAAGCAGCCUCCCUCAACUCUUAAAACAAGAGCGGGUAAAUACACAAAAACAACAUACGAAACUGCUGAAACGUUUUUAAAUGAAUAUUUUCCUGAUGAUGGACCCGAUACAUGCUUAAGGCACAUGCAGCUGCGUAAUUCUUUUAACGAAACACCCGACACACCAGUAGAUGCUCCAUUUACUGUAGAAGAAACGUUGAGGUUAAAGCGAGUCAGUGAACACAAGGCGUCCGGCGACGGUGCAGACUUCAGUGGAGCCUUCGAAGACGGACCGAGGAAUCCCUCAAGCAUACAAUCGCCGCAGCUGGAGACACUUUCAACGGCCAUCAGUCCGAUACCAACCCGGACAAUAACACCUCAAGCAUACUCCAGGACUCACAGCAUACCAACCGGAGAUCCCACAACGGGCUCUUUCUUCGCGUCCAUCGUACUCUUCACUGCAAUUCAACCAUCGAAGAACACCAGCAGAAAUAAAGUAAUCAUGUCGGAUGUGGAGACUGCUUCUUCAACCAAGUCCUCCCAAAACCUUUCUGUUGCUCCACCUAGACCUCCACGAUCGCUGCGGGAAAAAGUACUUACAAAAUCCAGUUUAUCAAAAGCAACACCUAGCGAGAAGUUGUCGCAGCCAUCAUCUCAUCCCGCAACAGGAAAACGUCCAGCGGACUCUGCUCCGACAGACGCAUCUACAACAAGAAAAAAUGCCUCUUCGCACACCCCCACUCUGGGAACUAAAAUGUCGCAAACUUCAGUUAAAAGCGACAGCUCGAUCCGAUCCUCCGUUUGUGACCCGGUAGAUGCGGCUAUCGACAAAGUAGCUAACUGGAAGCAGGAAGAAAUUCCUCCACUUCCAGUUUUAUCCGACGAAGAACUUUCGAUCACAUCUGCGCCGGAAUCACCACUAUCGGAGGCACCGGAAAAAGGAAGACCCAGCCUGCUUUUUAACUCCAACAGGCGACUGGGGGUGGAAAUGGAUAUGGCAACAAAAGAAGCGAACGAAAUGCUUCUGAGAGGGAAGGAAGCGCUAGAAAUGGCAGGGAAUAUGAAGAGGGAGUGUAAGUUAACAGCUUUAGAGAGUCUGCAGUCCCUCUACGAGAUGGUCCUGGCGCUGUCAGAUUCCAGAUCUAGACAUAAGCAUAAUCUAGAAAGGGAACGCUCACGCAACGCUCAAGAACUAAUGCGAGUGGAGCGCGCCCAUAACAAGAUCAUCACCCAGCUUAUGAAGGAAAUGGCUUCCGAACUAGGCCAUGCCAGGACAGAUAUAAAAAAUACCCUCCAGGAAUCCAAGGCGAUACGGGGUUGGUUGAACUUCGAAACCCAAGAGCCCUUCCGCAAAACGAGCGACCUACUCAAAGCUGUGACGGACUUAGACAAGCGCAUAGGUGUGAUUCAGUCGAACUUGAGUCAGCAGAAGCAAGAAGGUGCAGACAACAUUUUAUCUCACCUAAGAGUGGACCUUACUGGAGUAAAAUCUAGUGUGGAAACACUCAAACUUCAAUUGGACGAAAUGCGCAGAGUCAUCGAAAAGUCCGAAAACAACACCAAGAAGGUUCUGGAGACCGGCCAAAAAACCCUGCUACGCCUGGAGUCACCACCAUCCCACCCCUCAGAGGAAAUAAGUAAAACGUUGGAACAUGAGCUGAAUGGAAUGAAGAGUUCGCUGAAGGAGAUAGAUACAAGUAUCAGAUCUGGACUUUCAAUCUUACCUUCAGCGGACUCCGGUAAAAUAUUCCAAACCAGCAUAAGGGAACAUCUUCAACCAAUAGAAGAACACUUAUGUGCAAUGUCAUCCGAGCUGAGGACGAUGAGAGAGCAGAAGCAACGGGCCCCAUCACCUACAGCCCCAAGUCUAGCAACAGAGCUUGCACAAACUGGCGAAGCAGCAACAAAGCCAAAAAAGACAUACGCCAGAGUGGCUGCAAGCCCUCCCCUUCCUAAACCCAAUCACACUCUCAUUAUCACAUCAACUGAUUCGAAAAACACAGCCGAAAAUAUCAUCGAGAGAAUCAGGGAGGCUCUAGACACAAAAAAGACUGGAGCCAAAGUAGAUAGGGUAAGGAAGGCGAAAAACCAAAAAGUCGUCCUCAGUUGCAACACCAAGGAGGAUCUUAACCUUGUCCAAAAUAGAGUUAAGACAAAUAAAAGUUUAAAAGUAGAGGUUGCCAGAACAAACAAUCCCUUGGCGAUAAUCAGGGACGUGCUAUCGUAUCACACAGACGUCGAAAUCGUGGAAAAUAUACUGGCGCAGAACAAACACCUUCUGCAUGACGUCGAUGAGAAAGAACGAACAGUCAGAGUUCGAUACAGGAAAAAGGCGAGGAAUCCACAAGAGUGCCAUCCUGUACUUGAGCUCUCUCCAAAAGUGCACAGGCGCUUCAUUGAUGCGGGUAAAAUUUACAUCGGCCUCCAAAGAAGACCAAUAAUGGAUCACUCUCCCCUUGUGCAAUGCACAAAAUGCCUCGGUUUUGGCCACACAAAAGCAGUGUGCCAUGAAAAGGAGGAACUCUGCAGUCACUGCGGAGAGACCCAUUCAUGGGACAAAUGCCCGAUCAGACUGGAGGGGAGACCCCCCCCCGAUGUAAAAAUUGCCUCAAAGCGCACGGUGCCGAUACGGACCUGGCAUACAAUGCUUUUAGCUUUGAUUGCCGGGAAAAGCAGAAGUGGGAUGCAAUAG